UAUACUUUGUCGCAUCAUUCAGUUUCUGACUUAUUUGUUGAAGAGGCACAGCAAAUCGAAUAUGAACUUCUUCCAAAUUUUAAUUGUGUCCAUUUUUAUAACAAAUGCCAUUUAUGAUUCUGUCUCAAACAGGUAUAACCUGAGCUAUCCCUUGAUGUCUAAUGCUAGCCACUUGAAACUAUCGCGAUCCGUAAGGGAGUUGCGGUAUCGCCUUUUUUUGGAGGAUACUCACGAUGGCGAUUUGGAGUAUGAUUUGAAAGGAUAUCGGGGCAUAAGAAAGAAACCUAGUAGACUGCGUCCUCCUAAGCGCCCCGGUGCUGGACUGUUAGGACCAGGAGGCCGCAGAAGGAGGAGGAGAAGGCGCAGUAAGCGUGCCAUGAGUGCUCCCGUUCGCAGCUCGAUUCCAGUUUUGGGAGCAGUUCUUGUAUUAAUAUUUGCUUUUACGGGUUGACCAAAUAAAUAAUUAUUUUUAAGAUCAGAA